AGUUCUCAUUACUCGUCAUCGUAUUUUUUUUUCUUUUAUUAUAAGGGAGGUAUGUCUUUUCUUUUCCAUCAUUCUGCAACCUUCUUUGCACCAUGAGACCACUUUGCCUCCCACUAAAAAUCCCAAAGCAACUGUUUGCACUUUAGAGAAGUGCUCCAUAGAAGCCCACCUUGAUGCCGGCCAGGAGGUGAAGGAGACCUCCGAGCUUCUCCUCCAGGUGCCUCCGAUGCAACUGACCCGGGAAGAGGACUCGGCCAGGGGGGACUCAACGCCGCCGACUUCCCUCAGGUCUCCGGGCAAGAUGUGCAGCGAGUGCUACGAAAACCAAACGUUUAUUAAUGACGAUGGCAGCUUGAGCGCCCGUAAGACGUCACGCUUGUGUAAGGGACCGCGCCACACCAUGAGCAGCACCAGCGGGGUGAUCUUGGACAUUUCCAGGUUGAAGAUGGAGCAACUGGAGAGCGAAGUGCCACCGUUGCCACGUCGCUUCCGCUUCCGAGACCUUCUUCUCGGGGACCAGAGCUUCCAGAACGACAGGGUGCAAGUGGAAUUUUACGUGAAUGAAAACACCUUCAAGGAGCGUCUGAAGUUGUUCUUCAUCAAAAAUCAACGAUCAAGCCUCAGAAUCCGCGUGUUCAACUUCUCCCUGAAGCUGCUCACCUGUCUGCUCUACAUCAUCCGAGUGGUGACGGACAACCCAGUACAGAGCGCAAACGCUACCCACAGCCCGAGCCAAACGAAUGCUAUCGGUGGGAACACCAAGUGCAUGGACUGUCCCUGGAAUGGAUCAGUGCAGGAUCGGGACAUUUCCUGGGAGUUGAUCUUUUGGGUGGACAGAAAAGUUCCUGUAUGGGCAAUUCAAGUUACAGUGGCCAUCAUCAGCUUCCUGGAAACAAUGCUGCUGAUGUAUCUGAGCUACAAGGGUAACAUUUGGGAGCAGAUAUUCCAAGUUUCCUUUCUUCUGGAGAUGAUCAACACCGUUCCUUUCAUCAUCACGAUCUUCUGGCCCUCCAUAAGGAACAUUUUCAUCCCCGUCUUCCUCAACUGCUGGCUUGCUAAAUGCGCUCUGGAAAACAUGAUUAAUGAUGUCCACAGAGCAAUCCAGAGAACCAACUCGGCCAUGUUCAACCAGGUGCUCAUCCUCAUCUGCACUCUGCUUUGCUUGGUCUUCACUGGCACAUGUGGAAUCCAGCACCUAGAGCGAGCAGGGAAAAACCUCUCCCUGUUCAACUCCUUCUACUUCUGCAUCGUCACCUUCUCCACGGUAGGUUUUGGCGACGUCACACCCCGGAUUUGGCCGUCGCAGCUUUUGGUGGUCAUCAUGAUCUGCGUGGCCCUGGUGGUGUUGCCACUGCAAUUUGAGGAGCUGAUGUACCUGUGGAUGGAGAGCCAGAAGUCCGGGGGGAAUUACAGCCGCCACCGGGCGCAGACGGAAAAACACGUAGUGCUGUGUGUUAGUGCGCUCAAAAUCGACCUGCUUAUGGACUUCCUCAAUGAGUUCUACGCCCACCCCAGACUGCAGGAUUACUACGUGGUGAUACUGUGUCCAAGUGAAAUGGACCUGCAGGUGAGGAGAGUCCUUCAGAUCCCUUUGUGGUCCCAAAGAGUCAUCUAUCUGCAGGGAUCUGUUCUCAAAGACCAGGACCUGCUGAGAGCCAAGAUGGACGAUGCCGAGGCCUGUUUCAUCCUAAGCAGCCGUAACGAGGUGGAUCGCAUGGCAGCGGACCACCAGACCAUCCUGAGAGCCUGGGCCGUCAAGGACUUUGCUCCAAACUGUCCACUUUAUGUCCAGAUCCUCAAACCUGAAAACAAGUUCCAUGUCAAAUUCGCAGACCAUGUUGUAUGCGAGGAGGAGUUCAAGUAUGCCAUGUUGGCUCUCAACUGUGUGUGUCCCGCCACCUCCACCUUGGUUACGCUCCUUGUGCACACCUCCAGUGGAAGGGAAGGACAACAGUCUCCAGAGCAGUGGCAGAGGAUGUACGGAUGUUGCUCUGGCAACGAGGUCUACCACAUCAGGCUGAGCGACAGCAAGUUUUUUGGGGCGUACAGCGGCAAAAGCUUUACAUACGCUUCCUUCCACGCUCACAAGAAAUAUGGAGUGUGUUUGAUUGGCAUAAGGAAGGAGGAGAACAAAAGCAUCCUAUUAAACCCUGGCCCACACCACAUCAUGACUGCCACAGACACCUGCUACUACAUCAACAUCACAAAGGAGGAAAACUCAGCCUUCAUCUUCAACCAGGAGGAACAUAAGGGACGCGGCGGCGUUGGAAUCUUCGACGGACCCUCGCAGCUUCCUGUGCACAGCAUCAUCGCCAGCAUGGGCACCGUCGCUAUAGAUCUUCAGAACUCCAGUCCGCCUGAAAUUUCGGGCACCAAACUGGUGCCACCCACGCUCAACGGAACGGGCACUCGCCGACCGAGCAUCGAUCCGGUUCAGGAGAUUCCAGACUCCUCCUCAAUCCUGCCAUGUGACCUCCUUGGUGAUCAAUCAGAAGAUGACUCUGUGUUCACUGAUGAGAGAGGCCUCUGGCACACUGAGUACGUGAAAGGUUACCCCCCUAACUCUCCUUACAUCGGAAGCUCGCCCACCUUGUGCCAUUUGCUGGCUGAGAAAGCCCUAUUUUGCUGCCUACGUCUGGACCAGGGUUGCAUGCACAACAGCUCUGAAGACGCCAAAGCUUACGGUUUCAAAAACAAGCUCAUCAUUGUGUCGGCUGAGACAGCAGGGAACGGUCUCUAUAACUUCAUAGUGCCUCUCAGAGCCUAUUACAGACCCAGGAAAGAACUCAACCCUAUUGUCUUACUGCUGGACAACCCGCCUGAUAAUCACUUCCUGGAAGCCAUCUGCUGCUUCCCUAUGGUCUACUACAUGGCAGGGGCCAUAGACAAUCUUGACAGUCUGCUUCAGUGCGGCAUUAUAUACGCCGAUAAUUUGGUUGUCGUGGAUAAAGAGAGCACAAUGAGUGCAGAGGAGGACUACAUGGCCGACGCCAAAACUAUUGUUAAUGUGCAGACAAUGUUUCGGUUGUUUCCGAGCUUGAGCAUCAUCACAGAGCUCACACAUCCAUCCAACAUGAGGUUCAUGCAGUUUAAGGCAAAGGACUGCUACUCUCUGGCUCUAUCCAAGCUGGAAAAGAAAGAGCGUGACAAAGGCUCCAACUUGGCCUUUAUGUUCCGCCUUCCCUUUGCCGCAGGCCGAGUGUUCAGCAUCAGCAUGCUUGACACACUGCUCUACCAGUCUUUUGUUAAGGACUAUAUGAUCCUAAUAGCACGGUUGUUGCUGGGACUAGAUACCACUCCAGGAUCAGGAUACCUCUGCGCUAUGAAAGUAACAGAGGGAGACCUAUGGAUUGGUACUUAUGGAAGACUAUUCCAGAAACUCUGCUCAUCCAGUGCGGAAAUUCCAAUAGGGAUCUAUCGGACAGAGUCCCACAUUUUCUCCAAUUCUGAAUCUCAGGCAUCUGUCAACAAGUGUGAGGACACAAAAGACCGGAGUCAAGAGUCCCAGCGCCCCAACGACCAGUCAGAACGCCCUCUGCUUAGGAAAAAGAGCAUGCAAUGGGCGCGUCGUCUGAGUAAGAGAAGCAUGCGGUGGCAGGCAACGAGCCGGGAUUCCACCAAGGACAAUGCCCAACGCAUCGCCCAGCAACGGCUCAACCGCUACCGACGCUCUGAACGGGAGGAACUUUCUGAGCUGGUGCGCAACCGCAUGAGGCAUCUAGGGCUUCCCACCUCAGGAUAUGAGGAUUUGAACAAUCUGACAGCCUGUGAUGUCAUGAACAGAGUCAAUCUGGGAUACCUGCAAGAACGAACACCAAAACACCCUGUCCUAUGUCCUGAUUAACCCUUCACCAGACACCCGUCUGGAGCUUAAUGAUGUUGUGUACUUGAUACGCUCCGACCCUCUGGCUCACGUCCCUGAGGAGCCUCCUGUCCACAGCAGUAGUCUGAAAGAGAGGCACGAGUCCAGCUUCGAGACCAGAGAAGACACACAACACUGAUGACUUGGUCUUACCUGCAGGCCUGCUAUCUCCAGGACAAGUUUAGACCUCUAUCAAACCAGCACUGCAGUCUUUUGAGUUUCUACUUUUGGAGCAGGUUACCUAGUGAACUCCUCAAAAUGACAAAAUAGAGCAGUGUUCUGAUUGAUUUUGUUACAGCUUUGAGAUCCCUCAGGUGAAGUAUGUGAACAUCAAGCUCAGCAUCUGUGUAAUAUAAACGCUAAAGUAUUUGACUACUGUACUUACACAAAGUGAAAAAGGAAGACAAAUAUAGCUGGUCCCUCCUUGCCACAAGUUGGACGCAUACAAUUGUCCAAAAGGUCUUGGUAAAAUGAAGAAAUAAGAUUCUGUCCAUAUUUAAUCAAUUUAAGCUGGACUUACAGUACGCGUUGUGUUUAAGCUUUUCUUUACUAUUUAUUACAAAAAUCUGUGCAAUCACAAGUUUUUUUUUCAAGUGUUAACGAUGUUAAAGCAUAUUUUUGUAGCUGGGCAUUAGCCGUAUAGUUAUCCUCCAGUGGUGAGGUUUUAAUGUACAGGUGUAACACUGAUAGGUAUCUACGUUUCUACGAGGCUCAAGGACUAAAUAAAAUACUGAGCCACUAGCAAUGUAUUUGAUCUGUUCUGUUCUGCAUAUUUUGAUGUUAAAAAUGGUUUUACUUGACAUAAGGUACCAGUCAAAAGUUUGAGAAAACUUGUUCAUGCUAUUGAAGGAGAAGUUGUGUCCAAACGUUUAACUCGUUCUGUAAAUUAUUAAUGUAAUGACCUGUACUUUAUGUUAUAUUAGAUAUUUUUUCUUCUGAAAAAAGUUCUGUAUUUAGAGUUUAGAUAUUUAUAGAUGACAAAGAAGCAGGUGGUGCCAAAUGACACGAGUCAGAGUUUUUUUCCCUGUCACUCACCCCUAAAUGUGAUGUACUGUGUAGCUUGUUUUUUAACUCUUCUGUAUUACAACAACAAUUUUGUGGUAACAAGUAACAGUCAAAUUUAAUUUUAAUACAGCUUUUCAAAAUAAAUUAAAUUAUGAUACAAUGAAAUGUGACUGUAACAGAAUAAACUCAUAUCAAAGCA